AUGAUUCACUCAAACAACACGUCGCCCAAGGGUGCAUGCGACAGGGUACAAGUCCUGCGCGACCGUGUCCGCUUUCACGCCUAUUUCGGCCGGCACCUUGAAGACCUAGUGAACAGCCACAGCGGCAUCAACGAGCAGACGAACCGAUCAGGCGAGAGCCGGCCGGCGGAUCUCCCGCAGCCUGUUGCGACAAAUGAAUCGUAA